AUGUAUAUCAUCAGCUUUCUUGCUUGCGCUUCCGGGCUCUUUGGCACGGCACUUGGCGACUUUGGCCUGACGACUUCAGACAGCACAUACACGAUCGAUACCAACGGUGGACUAGUAUUCGAGGUUAACCGCACAAAUGGCGACAUCACCAGUCUACUCUACAACGGUGUUCAGUUUCAAGGCACAAGCAAGAUGUCACAGAUCAACUCCGGUCUGGGAAACUCAACGAUCACGGCUGACACUAUAAGCGGGCACGUCAAGAUCACCGUGAAGGCUGGCUCACAACCUUUGACGCACUAUUAUGUAGCUAAGCCAGGCGAUCCAACCAUCUACAUGGCGACUCAUAUCACAGGCGAGAUUGCUCUUGGUGAGUUGCGCUGGCUCGCACGACUCCAGCGCAAGCAGGUACCAACCGGAGUGCAUGGCGAUGUUGCCGACCUCGAUGGGUGUGUGGCAUUCCAAGGCAAAGAUACGUUCAAGUGCCCGGAUGGCACUACGAGAUGCAAAAUGUACACAUCCGACCGUUUCAUUGAAGACCAGGUCCACGGUGUGACUGGCGAUAACGUUGGGGUGUGGAUGAUUAUGCCUGGCAAUGCCUACGAGCACUCUGCCGGCGGCCCUUUCAUGAGGGACAUUAACUCGCAAAGCACCGGCGACCAGGAGCUCUACUGGUACAUGAACAGCGGCCAUGUGAGGACCGAGCCCUGGCGAUUCGGGCUUCUUGGACCCUACGCAAUGCGCUUCACAAGCAGCACCCGGCCACCGCCAGCAGAUAUCGACAUGAGCUUCUUCGACUUGUUAAACAUUGAUGGCUACGUCCCUGAUAGCGGGCGCGGAAGUGUCUCCGGCACCGCAACAGGAAUAAAAGGUAAUUCUGAAGCUGUAGUACACUGGUUCAACCAGGACGCUCAGUACUGGACAAAAGCCACCGGCGGGAAGUUCACCUCUCCGCUGAUGAAGCCUGGGACAUACACGAUGAAGCUAUACCAGAACGAGUUUCCUGUUGCCAAUGCUAGCGUGACGAUUACAGCGGGCGGAAAAGCCACGCAGGACAUCGUGGCAACUGAGUCCGAGCCGUCAGUCAUUUGGCGCAUCGGCGAGUUCGAUGGGCAACCCUUUGAAUUGAAGAACGGCGACAAGAUUCAAAGGAUGCACCCAUCGGAUGCUCGCAUGGCGAGUUGGGGAGGCGAGUUCACUGUUGGCUCCUCCCAGAGCAAAGACUUCCCCAUGGCCCUGUUCGCCAAGAUUGGAGGUAACGCCACCGUCAACUUCGACCUGGCUGCCGAUCAAUUGGAAAGGGUCGUCUUGCGCAUUGGAACAACGCUUUCGUUUAAAGGCGGGAGACCUAGUGUCAAGAUCAACGAGUGGGAAGGAACCGAUCCAGGCGCCCCAACACUCAUCGACUCCCGAGGCGUGACUCGUGGUGCCUAUCGCGGGUUCGGCGACGUGUACACUUGGGAGGUACCGGCGAGUGAGCUCAAGGCGGGACAGAACACACUUGUGAUGGGAGUGAUUGGGACGGGGGAUGUCGACUUUCUGAGCGCCAACUAUAUCAUCGAUGCUAUUGAGUUGCAGGGCAAAGAGGGGGCCAAGAACGGCACCUCGUCAUAUACUUCUAGAUACCAGCGGCGUUAUCGAUUUCACCAAUGA